AUGGCCCAUGCCAAGGUGGGCAAGGGCGCGGUCUUCCAUCAGUUCACCACGCUGGGCUCCGGAGCCUUUUGUGCCAUGCUCACCAAGGUUCGAUUCGACGUGCUGCCCUUCUGCGUCUUUGACGAGCACGUGCUGCUAGUCGACCGCGUGGCCCUUGCGCGGGACGGCAGGUCAGCGCAGGAGGCAGAUGAGCUGGACGCCUUCUACAGCCGCCACUUCUCUUCGCAGGCGGCUGCCUAUAUCCAAUCUCUGGAUGGCAUCCUGUCCGAUGCGGAAGGCGCAUGGUACUCCGCGGAAGUGCGUCGCUUCUUUCAGAUCCGUGGGAGCAUGCGCGACCGGCGACUCUUGGCGCGUUAUGGCGAGCGCGAGCAGUGA